CUCACUCCACACCACCAUUACCGCCUUGUUCUCGAUGUUGUAGGCAAGGCAUUGACAAACUUUCCAAGGUCUCACCGGCUUGUUGAAGCGGUUUGGGAUGCACUGCUUGCCCACAAGGAUGCAUAUGAAAAAGCAGGUGUAUUACACAGAGACCUCAGUAUUGGCAAUAUUGUCAUGUUCCGUGGCAAGGGCAUUCUAAUUGAUUGGGACUUAGCCAAGUCAGUCUCUACAAAGGUCAUACAUUUUACUAAUUUCCGCCUUACUAAGGGGACCUGGCAGUUCAUGUCAGCCUACUUGGUUCAAAACCAAAAUGCCCCACAUGUCGUCGAGGACGACCUUGAGUCCAGUCUCUACAUG